AUGGUCAAUAACUAUCUUGCGACCCUUCGAAAAGACUUAAGUGCAUCAGUAGUCCAUAGCAAGAAGCUCGCAUUUAUGGCUGAGAAUGGAAUCCGUCAGCUAGGAAAUCCUAGAAUUGGCAUUUUUGCUGAUCGGGUAAAACCCGAUCCUCUGCAUUGCGAAAUCAAUGCAUGGCAGCACAUUCUGGAUCUAAUUUAUAGUGAGUCGGUUAGGCGAUGUGCUUUUGACAAGUUCAUUCAAACACUUUCUGCUCCUGUUGGAUUAUGCACUCUUAGUAAAGGUACUCAAGCUACCGAAGUAAAUGGUGCAGAUGGGUUGGCUGAGAGCUCCUUAAAUGCAUGUACUAGCUUGCCUGAGGACAACUUUGAGAAAGCUGUGACUCAAAAUGUAAGCCUUUUACCAGGAAUGCUAGAUAACGUUUCCUUAAUGGAAAUGAAUGAAAAGGCUGCUGCAGAUAACAUGACAAGCAUGUUGCAAACUAAAGCAAUUUUUCUUACCAGUAGCCCUGCAGAUGUAUAUGGUUGUGGCCUGUCUUACCUUUCUACAAAGGUUGCGGAGCACUAUGCUGAUGAGACAAAACGCUUCAACAAACUAAGUGUUAGGCUUAUUGGAUCACAGGCAAUUGCCCUUGCAAGACAUGGCUACCGCCUAGUCGAUGCUUUAAAAACAGCAAAUGAAAUGGAGGGCGAGAAAAUAAACGUCUAG